CAACCAAUAUCAAACAAUAAUCUUUCUGUGUUUUCACUUUGAAUUUCGAAUUGUAUCUCAGCAGACGCGUAUAAAUUUCUAUAUUUCGCUGUCUUUUUCUCUUAUUUUGCUAAAAUGAGCCGAUCGAACAUUGAAGUAGCCUUCAAAAGUGAUAUUUUACUUGGCGAAGGACCCCAUUGGGUCGCAGAGCGUCAGGAUCUAGUCUAUGUUGAUAUACCUGGCGAAGCGGUUCACCGAUAUGUUCCGUCGACGGGAAAAGAUUACAAAAUUAAAAUGGACGGCAGAGCUACAUUCAUUGUGCCAGUCGAGACGAAGCUGAACACCUACAUAAUCGGACUGGGACGCAGCAUGUGUGAAUUGGUAUGGGAUGGUGUUUCAACCGAUGUUUUUGAGUUGAAAACAUUGAACACCGUGGAAGAAAAUUAUCCGAAGAACCGCUUUAAUGAUGGAAAAUGUGAUCCGCAGGGACGUUUGUGGGCUGGAACUAUGGGCUAUGAAACGGAUCCAGGACAAGUAGACCCGGAAAAAGGUCAUCUAUACAAACUGGACAAGAACGGGCAACUCACUACCCACGUCGAUAAAAUUGGAAUUUCAAACGGAUUAGCCUGGUCUUCGGAUUCGUCUAAGUUCUUCUACAUUGAUUCUGUGACCUUUACUGUCGACGUUUUCGACUUCAAUUGUAUUGAGGGACUUCCAAGCAAUCGGCGCGUGCUAUUCGAUCUGAAGAAAAAUUCUAUUCCCGGUUUGGCAGAUGGUAUGGCCAUAGACACCCAAAACAAUAUUUGGGUUGCUCUUCAUUCCGGAGGAAAAGUGAUUCACAUUGACACAACAACGGGAACUUUAAUAGACACCAUCGAUUUUGCAAAUCGCUCUUCGAUGCUAACUUCUGUUGCAUUCGGUGGUCCUAAUUUGGAUGAAUUGUACGUUACGUCUGCAAAUUACAGACUAUCACCGGAACAACAAGUCUUAGAGACAGAUCCAGGUGCGCUAUUUAAGGUUACUAACAUUGGAGCGAAGGGAGCUGGCGGAGGCGUUAACUAUAGAAUGUAAUUGAGCGUCAAAAAUAAAUAUUCUCUACUGAUGAAA